GCUCUGUCGAGAGCAAGUGGCAGAGCAGCGUGGUGAGCCCGAAGAGAGGGAGGACGGCAAACUUAAUGUGAGUAUUACUACCGGUCGGGAAAGCGAAGAGAGGAACGGCGGGGGAGGCGUAGCAUGAGAGUUGGAAGGGUAAUCUGUCGAUAGUCAGAAGAAGACUGUCGAAAGAAGAUCGCCAUGGUGCGUGACUGCCCUCCUGUCGCCGUCGAUUUCUUGGGACUUGCAGCGGAUGGAAGUAAUCGAGAAAGCGAGGGGAACGGCCUCUCAGGAGGGGAAGGUGCGGUGACAGCGGGAGGGCCACGAAAUGCGAUUCCGCCGAUGCGAGUUGCGGUAUCCUCGGGGAAUGGAGGUGGUGCAGGUUUAGCACGGGGAGAACCACGGGGUGGUCGUGGGUGGGCUCAUACGAAAGACUACGGCGUUAGUCGUUAUGGAGGGGGAGGGGAGGGCGAAGGAGGACGAGUAACAACAACGGCGCGGCAGGGCACACCUCGCGCAAACCUUGUCCGUCUGCCGUCGGUACCGCCCCCCCAUGACAACGACCCGUCACAACCUCCAGCACGGCAGGGCACCCUUCGGGUAAACCUUCUCCAUGACAAUGACCCGACACCCCCACUGCCUUUCUUCGCUAAGCAUUGGUUGCCUCAUCCGAUUUCUGAAUCGAAAUUCAAUGGAGGGGUAUCAGCAGGAUCUGAUAAAGAAAUAGCAUCGGCAGUAGCAGUAGCAGCAGCGGCAGCAGGAGGGGGAGGAGGAGGAGGAGACAACAUGGAUCGCGAUUGUUGUAUGGAGGACGACAGAGAUGAGGAAAGAGAGGACCGGAAGCGUUCGUUUGCUGCCAUUGGAGAUCGUGCCGGAGAGAAGCCUCUCGAGGAGCUGACGGAUGUCGAUAUACAGCAGCUGACUAGAGAGGAAUGCCGAAAAUAUUUAAAACAGAAAGGAAUGCGGAAACCAUCAUGGAACAAGGCUCAUGUAACACAGCAGUUGCUCUCUCUGAAGACAAUUCUCCCUCUGACAACGGACUCUAAACAGGAGAAGGAGAAAGAUUUGGAGAAGGAGGGAGGUGCAAAGUGCAACACUGCUAUGAGUAAGACCAAGAAUAGCAUGCCUCUUCCUCCAAUGUUGUUUGGCAACACGAUCAAACGAAGGGCAGUGCUUGCAUCGAAUCUGGAGCAAAGGCCAAUACCUCCAACGAUGGACGCAGCGACGUACAGACCGAAUGGAGUGGCCAUUCUAUGCGCUACAAAUUCAGACCGGCCAAGUUAUGCCUGCACUGUUAGGGCAGAGACUGAUGUGCGAGACUUACAAAAUGCAAGAGUAGCAGCGGGCAGUAUGUAUGGGGUCCCUGUUCUGAAUACAGGCCCAACUCCAUCUGUUGACGGGGAGGAGAUGUGCAAACCGGGGGAUCCUUUGCUCUCGCUAUCUAUGCGUGCGAAUAAUGAUAGUGGUUGUCUCCGGGCAUCACAAGCCUCAGAAGAUCACUCUAAUAUCCCAACUCCUCGCAGCAUACCACGACAACCAAGCCCCCCUCGUGUGGUACAAGCUCCUGCGCCGCCGCCGCUUCCUCCUCCACGAUCAGCAGCCAUGGUGGCAACUGCAGCUCCCCCAAAGACACCUCCGUCAGUUGCAACGCCGCUCCCGACAGCCACAGCACCUGCAUGCCCUGCACUGGUGCAACUGCCUAUAGCUGUCUCUAGUUCCUUGGCACAUAUGGCUGCCCCGCCGAGGGCAUCAUCAAUGUCGGCACAGGAGGGGAGACAGAGGGUAGCUCAGCUCACCAUUUUCUAUGACGGAGUUGUGAAUGUAUAUGACCGUGUCCCAGCCGACAAGGCUAAGGCAAUAAUGGUGUUGGCAGGUGCAAGUACGUGGUCAGCGAGCUCGUUGGUGCCUUCAGACAUGGCCCUGUCUGUUCCCUCAUGUGCAGAAGGUGGUGUGGCAAUGUCCAAUCCAGGAGGUAAUGGCAAUGGGGUGGCUGUGUCUAAGGGCAACGUGAACCCCAUGCAAGGGCACGGAACUGGGACCAACCCAUCUCAUUUGCCUGGUGUUUCUAGUUCAUGCCAACUGCCACUUGCCAACCUAUCAACAACAACAACAAUGCUGCUGCAGCAGCAGCAGCCAGCGAACACAAGACUGGCAGUGCCUUCUCAGCCGCAGUCAGGCCACAUGCCUGGGACCUCAACAAUCCGAAUACCUGCAGCCAUGCAGCCUGUUCCGCCUGUUCCUGCUAUCCCGACAGCUGUGAAUGUCAAGAUGCAUACUCUACCAUCCCAGGAAAUGCAAAAAGUGCAGGCUAGGAUGAUGACACAGCAUUCAUCUGUCCCAAGGAUCCAAGGCAUGCCUAUGGCAAGGCUCGCUGCGAAAGUUGAAAAGUGGCCCAUCGACGAGGUCGAGGGUGUAGCAAGUGGUGGCAGUGAGUCCAGGAAGGGUGACGUCGCUGCCAUGGUGGCCAACAAGGGUGGCACCAACAAAAAUAAUGGUUUUAAGAAGAGGAGAUCACGCUCCUUCUCGGAGCAUCCCGGCAUAGCGGUUGGGAGGUCAUGGGAGAAGAUGGCCCUGACGCAAAACGAGUGGCAGGAACGGAUGAGUAAUCGACAAUGCUUGAAGUGUGGCACUGAAGGAGAACUCAUGUUGCGCAUCGAUUAUCGAGGAUUGAAUUUCGUUACUGUCAAGAAUGUGGAACAGUUGCAGGGGUGCAAUCGCUUUUUCACAAAGUUCGAUUUUUGUAGCGGUUACCACCAGAUCCGCGUUGUCACAGAGGACCAACCGAAGACUGCCUUUCGGUCGUGCUUUGACGACUACGAGUUCACGGUGAUGCCAUUCAGCCUCACCAAUGUACCCGCCACCUUCCAGAUGGUGAUGAACGAUAUCUUCAGGGACAUCCUUGAAGAAUAUGUUCUCGUAUACCUGGACGACAUCUUGGUCUACAGUCGUACCUUGGAAGACCAUCUCAGACACCUCCGCGAGCAUGACUUCUAUGCCAAGCUUAGUAAGUGCCGCUUUGCCCAGUGCAAAGUGGACUUCCUAGGACACCAUGUGUCUGACCAGGGUCUCCGCAUGGACGACGAGAAGAUCACUGAUAUUGUGGAGUGGCCCAUUGAUUGGGAUGAGAACUUGCGGAAGAUUGCGCGUAUAACAACAGUGUUCACACCGUUAACGGCCGAACACCGAAUGCACUUCACAAAGGUUGGAAGUCGUGACGUCCCAUUGAUGCUUUCACCCGGGACCGAGUCCAACGGCUACCCUCAGGAACGCGAGAAUUGGCAGUUCUAUAUGAGGAAGACAUAAAGGAAGUAAAUGAAAAUAUCCAGAAAGC